AUGUCAGUGGAAACACUAUUGAACAGCUUGCCGACUCCCAAAUUCAAUCGAGAUAACCUCGGGCCCAUCUCACUGAAAGUGAUGAAGUGGAGAUUUACAGACUUGGUGUUACUUGUUGUGCUCGUGGUGGCCUAUUUCUUCCUUUACAACCUUACGCCUUUCCACCGUCAGUUCUAUCUCGAUGAUCUCACCAUUCAGCACCCGUUUGCCGAACGGGAAACCGUCAACAACUGGCAGUUGUUUCUCUACGCAACGUGGAUCCCGCUCGUACUCAUCAUAGUGACGUCGCUCGUCUUGACCGCUCCAAAGUACAAGGCUUACAAUACGUAUGUGGCAUCGUUGGGGUUAUUGCUCAGCGUGCUCAUCACUUCCAACGUUACUGAUAUCUUGAAAAACUUGAUUGGGCGCCACCGGCCCGAUUUCCUAGCUCGUUGCGUGCCGGAUUCUUCCACCCCAAGGGACGUUUUGGUGGGCAUUGAAGUCUGCACCACUACAGAUAUGAGCAAGCUCCAAGAUGGCUUCAGAACUACUCCCUCGGGCCACUCGUCCAUCAGUUUUGCAGGGUUGGUGUACUUGGCAUUGUUUUUGAUGGGCCAAUUUGAAGCGAGCAACACCAACUUUGGAAGUUGGAGAGCGUUGGUUUUCGGCGGCUUUCCUUUGCUCGUUGCUGGUUACAUCGCGUUGAGCAGAACCGAGGACUACAGACACCAUUUCGUGGAUGUGUUCGUGGGCGGCGUAUUGGGAGCAUUUAUUGGCGCGUGGUCGUACUUGAGGUUGUUCCCCUGGAUCGCAGACAAGCGAAGCUACAGCAACUUGAUUGUGAUACAGGAAGAGGACGCUCGCGAACGUGCAAAUUCGAAUUUCGAAACUGGUGAAACGGUUUUGGAAGAUGUUUAA